CGUGGUCCUACCAGUACGAGUACAAUUGCGGGAAGAUGAAUGGCGGUGCAUUCCUUGCUGCACUCGAUGAUUUCCUUGUCGCUCGCGCCCGACGCGCUGCUCCAGGACCAUGCGUUCGAAGAUUUGGAGCGGGCCGAAGACUACCCGACCGAGACGCACGCGGGCCCGCCACCCUUUACGAUCGACGCGGACGACCAGCAAGCAAGUCGAGAAGACAAGCUCUUUCUGCUGUUCACGUCUUUUGCGCUCCAGACGUCGUCGGACGACCCGACGUGCAUUCGCCUUGGCAACGUCAUCAAGCUCCUCCAAGAGUGCCGUCUCGUGCGAGACACGGUCGCUACGUCGUCGUCGUCGCCACCGCUGCUCAAGGACACCAAGCCGCUCGCCACGCUUACGAUCCGCGAUGUCGAGAUGCUUGCGAGCAAGCUCAUGCACACGCGCACGACCAGCGUCAAGCUCAGCUACGACAAGUUUCUCCACUUUAUGUGGGCGCUCGGCCAGCAAGCGCAUCCAGGUGUGCCGCCGCCCAUGGCUUUCAAGUACAUUGUGGACCAGUGUGUCCAGACGCCCCGAGGCGCCAAAAUGCGACCGCCUCGGAUCAGCACGGCGCGUCCACUCGCAGUUGCCCAGAAGCUCUUGGGUGCGUUUGAGGCCAGUCUCGUCGAGAUUUUCAGCUACUAUGCAAUCCCGCCCGAUUCGAGAAACCCGAUGGACAAGAAGCCCCACUUGGGGGACCGACGACGUGGCUUUUACUGGAGCUACAACCAUGCGCUCACGUUCGCGCGCAAGUAUGGCCUCAGCGCAUACAUCUCCGUGACCAGCUUUGCCUUUGCGUACGUUGACAGCCUCGUCAAGAUCGACGACGUCUCGCGCCGACUCACGUACGACGGGUUUCGCGACCUUUUGAUGCGCGUCGCGCUGCAGCUGUCGGCGCAUCCGGACACGGACGCCGUCCUCCGGCUCAAAGCGCUCUUCCAGCUCAUGUGGAUGCACUGCGCGUCGGCCAAGUCGGGGGACCCAGCGGGCGCUCAAAUCUGUGGCGCCCGCGACCACGUUGGCACGGGCCAAUCGCUCGUCAAGAACGCGGAGUCGCAGGUAUUUGCGGCGACGUAUCUCAAAAUGUGGCGCAAGGACCGCUUCAUGGACUACAUGACCCUCGUAACCCCGGCGCCGCCACCGCCGAUGGCGACGACGAAGCUCGCGAUGACCCAGGUCUUGGGCGCGGCGCCAGGGCACUCGAUUUAUCACGCCGCCCACCGUAGUGUGACCACCAUGUAAACUAAACACAGCGUUGGUUCUCUCAUCCUCA